AGGCAUGCUUGCUCGAUCUCUCCUGCUCCUCUCCCUCGUCUCCCUCGCCUGCGCCCUUCACGUGGCGCAAGACUCUCCCCCUAAGUCCUGCUACAAGGCUCCAGUGAUUGCUGAGGCUGACCCCGACGUCCUCAUCUACGAUCAAAACGCUCCCUGCCCUCCAGGACAGGUCUACCUGAGCAACGCUGGAAUGAAGCGCCCUUCUGCUCCCCUGGUGGCGGCAGGGGCAGCCGACACGCAUACGUACGUCGCUGCUCGCUUCAACCCAACGCUCGUCUCCUCCCUGGCUGGCAACAUCGGACAGUGUGUUGCCUUGCCUGCAGGAGGAACCAACGUGGCGACAUGGCAGGUCACCCGCGGUCAGUGUCCCUAAGCGUGUCUACCAGUAGGUUAUAGACUUCACGUACUGAUAUAUGUAAAGAUACUUCACCAUC